UCGCCGCGACCUUUUCUCAAACGAAACGCGUCACUGUGGCAACAGCCACGCGCACGACUCCCAAAUUGCUGACGAGUAGGUAUUUCACGCGCGAUCCCUCUCCUGCUUCUAAUUACGCGCCCAUAAAUUAGGCGACUCGAGGCACAUGACAUUUACAGCGCACAGUACACACUCGCCAGUGAUGUGGUUCAUGCUGGUGGAUUUAAAUUGUCACGAUGUAGAUAGACGUUGCAGCCACUAACCGGCUGCGAUGAGGAUUUUAGAGGGAAUCAGGCUGAGCGCGGUGGCAGCGAGUGACUUGACUGUAGGAAAGUUGCCACAGGUAGGCUGAAGGCUGCACAGCGACGAUCUGCUGCGUGUCAAAUUGAUGGCAGUUGAGCCCAGAGGACAUGGCACUGCUUUGACGAUCACAGCGCGCGUGUGACCUAUAUAUUUUCUCGCGUGGCGCCGUCGGGAGACCGAACCGAGCCCCCCUCUGUCUGCUCGUCUACACUUGUGGUUUAAGGGGAUAGGAACUCAAAAAGGGGAACUUGUCUUUCAUCGGCGUGUCAGCUUCUGUUAAAGUCACGAGCAGAAGCCUGUUGUUGACACGUUGCGUUUUCUGAUUGUGUGUAUGUCAUCCACGUCGUCUCAUAAACCUGUUUACGGAUGUUGCCCUGACAGCGUUUGAAGACAGAUGGAUGCCGACUAAAAAAGGAGUUUCACGUCCCUCAGGAGUGUGGAGUGUGCAAAGGAGGGAGACAGAGAGCGAGGAGGAGAGGUGGAGGAAAUAUACAGUAGGGGUCGGAUACAACCGGGAGACUACCGAGCGCGCAGCACGCACCGAGCGAAAGGGAUAUUGACGGAGCGUAGUCAACGUUUCACCGCCCCCCCCCCUGCGAUCGGAUUUAGGCGAGAAUGGAGCUCCCUGCCGCCGGAGAGCACGUCUUUGCGGUGGAGGGCAUCGAAAAGAAGCGCAUCCGCAAGGGCAAGAUCGAGUACCUGGUCAAGUGGCGCGGCUGGUCUCCGAAGUACAACACCUGGGAACCGGAGGAAAACAUCCUCGACCCGCGCCUCCUGGUCGCGUUUCAGCACAGAGAGAGGCAGGAGCAGCUGAUGGGAUACCGUAAACGAGGGCCCAAACCCAAGCAUCUCUUUCUCCAGGUGCCCUCGUUUGCCCGAAGGUCCAGCAUUCCUGCGGGAUUUGAGGACGCGCCGCAAGAUGCAGAAGGCUGCCUGACGUCGGACCCCAUCCACGCCCCCCGGCCCCAGCCUCAGCAGUACCAGCUGAACAGCAAGAAGCACCAUCAGUACCAGCCCAGCAGCCAAGAGAUCCCUGCUGACCAGAUGGCCAAUGGCAAGAAGAAGUUCAUCUACCAGCUCAACAGCAAGAAGCACCACCACUACGAGCCCGACCUCAGCGUGUACGACGCCCAGGCCUCUAAGCUGAAGGAGGUGGUCAAGGUUCAAGAACUGGCCAAUAAACCAGCGAAUCCCGGUUGGAACCUGCCUCCGGCGCUGCAGCAGAAAUGGGUUCGUGACAAGGACACCGGCUGCUUGAGCAAAGUCAAGGAGUCGCCGGUGGAGGCGAGGCAACCAGCUGUUAAAGAGACUGAGAGCGAACAUGCCCUCAAACCAAGUCCCAAAGACUCGGCGCCGCCGAGCGCCAUCAGCAGCAAAAUGAAGAUAAUCAAGAACAAAAACAAGAACGGGCGCAUUGUGAUUGUCAUGAGCAAAUAUAUGGACGGUCACAAGGUUCACGGGAUGAAGAGUAAACACGGGGAGCCAUCGACUGAGGAGAAGCCCCAAAGCACCAAACUGUCGGAGAACAAUCCAGUACACAGAGGCCUUGCGGUGGAUCACCCCGAGAACGGUCUCCCCAAAGAGAUGUGCAAUGGCAGGUCCCUCCCGGCUGCAGAGCAUCCCAUCAAGUGUUCCCCCAAGGACCGGCAUUUUUCCAAACCGUCGCCCAGCACAGCGGAGGAAUACAACACGGAAGUGGCUCGGGGUCAGGCCGACCUACCCGACGAUCUACCCCUGCAGCUGACCGCUAGCUCCCCCCCAGCGUCCUGGGCCACGGACACCAGCAUCCCCACUCCGACGGCCAUGGACCAGAUCAGGAUCCCCUCUUUUCCCAGCGAUCGCAAACGGAAGCUGACGGAUCCCGUGGAGGACAGGGCCGCGGCCAAAGUCUACCUGAGCUCCAGGAGCUUCAGCGUCCCGAGCACUGUGGUGACGCCGCCCCAGGACAAACCCAUGGACCUCCACUGCAGCAGCCGGCACUUCAGCAGCGCGUGCGCGUACGAGGCCGCGGACUGUGGCGGCCAAGAGGAGCCGAUGGACCUGAGCUGCCCAAAGACUAAGACACAGGCGGAGACGGAGGCGAAGCCGGAGCAGGAGUCAGAGCCCGAACCUCCGCCUCAGCCUGCGGUCAAGGAUCCUCCUCCUCCGCCUGUGACUGAGAACACACAGAAAUCCACAGAGAAACCGAAAGAAGCACCUGUUAACAAAGCGCCCCCCUUCAUGGGAAAUAUCAUCAUCACCGACAUCACCACGAACAGUCUCACUGUCACCUUCAAGGAAUAUGUUUCGUUCUAAGCGGAUCCUUUCUCACAACCCUGUUAAUAUGUGCAUAUGUAAAAAGGUUAGAAAUUUGUAUAUAUUGAAAAUUUAUAAUUUAUCAUUCAAAUUCAAUAUGUUUCUUAUGGCGUUUUAUACUGUAACUCCUCCAUCAUGUAGCCAAGAAAGUGCCCUCGAGGAUUUGAGUGAAUGCAUUCACAAAAAAAGAAUCUGUUUAUUGGAGUAGUUUUGCUGUUGUUUCAUACCUGUACCAGACUUAUAACCUGAGCUGUAUGAAGCUUUAUAUGGAUUUUGUAUGAAUAAUAGCUCUUAUUUUGGUCCUGAUGUAGGAGGGGAAGUCGUGGACUCUAUGGUGAUCUAAGAUCAAAUUGAAAGCACUUAAUUCCAUUUCUACGUUGAUUUGUGUCAUAUUCGUGGGCCGAGUCUUAUUCCACUGUUUACUUCUACUCGGGACAUGUUUUUCUUUUGUUACACGCCUUGUUUGCGGUUCAAUUACAAGAAAGGAUUAUCCAUGUCGUGCAAACUUGCGGAGCAGGUGUGGCCCAACGCAAUGCAAACAGCGCGGCGAGCGUGGGACGCGCUGGGCUGUGGGCCGGGCUCCCUGGCUUUCCUUUGGCCGGGGGUCCAGAUGCAGCACAGCUGUCGGGGGCUCCGCAGUCACGAGCCGCUCCGUUACUCUGCUGCACAGUUUGUCGCUCGCACACACUGAUGGGGUGUCGGUUGACGUGAAUGUUCUUAAAGGGCAGUAAUUGUUAAGAAAAUUGUGUCAUUUAUCAAAGGUGACUUAUUAAUUCCUGCCAUAAUUAGGCUGUGAUUUAUUCUUUCAUUAAUGACCUGUAGUUAGUGGCCUCUCAUCAAUUAAUGACGUUCAUUUAACUUGGAGCCUGAAGUAAAUGUUUUAGUAGAAGCUGCAACAGUCAUCAGUGAGUGUUUAGUGCAGGUGAAGCGCUUUGUGUACAGGUACAUGCAAUCAUCCAGUGACUGUAGGUUGAUUGUGCUGCUGAAAUGUGAAAGCUGCCCGAGCUGUUGGAUGUAAGCUCCAUCUGAGUCUAAAUUGCCUUCUAUGCACAUUUAAUGCAAAACCAGUAAAGAAUGCUAAAAUGCUAUGAAGAGAAAGCUGAAGAGUGCAUAUUUAUUGACAACGUCGCUGUUCGUACGGCAGACGACAACAAGCUGUUUGAAGGGUUCUGAGAGUCGUUCUGAGAGAGAUGGCGUCUGCUAGUUUUCCCUCUUUUGUCCAUUCCUCAUUGCACUUGGUUGGUAUCAUACGGUUUGUCCCAUGGGGAGUUGGUUGACUUCUUUCUGUUGGCACAGCUUACUGGAUGAUAUGUCUCACAAUAAAGAAAGAUUUGACCUCUGA